AAGAUCCACACAGGAGAGAAACCAUAUAAAUGCAUGGAGUGUGGAAAGACCUUUGCUCAAAGAAGUAAUCUUAUUUCCCAUAAGAUGAUACAUACAGGAGAGAAGCCAUAUAAAUGCAUGGAGUGUGGAAAGACCUUUGCUCAGAGCAGUAGCCUUAGAAGCCACAAAACUCUCCACACAGGAGAGAAACCAUUCAAAUGCAUGGAGUGUGGAAAGACCUUUGCUCAAAGUGGUCAACUUAUUUCCCAUAAGUUCAUCCACACAGAGGAGAAGCCAUAUAAAUGCCUGGAGUGUGGAAAGACCUUUGCUUACAGUAGAAGACUUACUAUCCACAAAAAGGUCCACACAGGAGAGAAACCAUUUAAAUGCAUAGAGUGUGGAAAGACCUUUGCUCUGAGCAGGAGACUUGCUGUCCAUAAAAAGAUCCACACAGGAGAGAAGCUGUAUAAAUGCAUGGAGUGUGGAAAGACCUUUGCCCAGGACAGUAAUCUUAAAAGGCACAAAACUCUCCACACAGGAGAGAAACCAUUCAAAUGCAUGGAGUGUGAAAAGACCUUUGCUCGAAGAAGUAAUCUUAUUUCCCAUAAGAUGAUACACACAGGAGAGAAACCAUAUAAAUGCAUAGAGUGUGGAAAGACAUUUGCUCAAAGAAGUACUCUUAUUUCCCAUAACGUGAUCCACAUAGGAGAGAAACCAUAUAAAUGCAUGGAGUGUGGAAAGACCUUUGGUCAUAGCAAUACACUUACUUACCAUAACAUGAUCCACUCUGGAGAGAAACCAUUUAAAUGCAUAGAGUGUGGAAAGACCUUUGCUCUGAGCAGUAGACUUGCUGUCCAUAAAAAGAUCCACACAGGAGAGAAGCCGUAUAAAUGCAUGGAGUGUGGAAAGACCUUUGCCCAGGACAGUAAUCUUAGAAGCCACAGAAAGAUCCACGCAGGAGAUAAACCAUAUAAAUGCAUAGAGUGUGGAAAGACUUUUGCUCAAAGUGGUCAUCUUAUUUCCCAUAAGUUCAUCCACACAGGGGAGAAGCCAUAUAAAUGCCUGGAGUGUGGAAAGACCUUUGCUUACAGUAGAAGACUUACUAUCCACAAAAAGGUCCACACAGGAGAGAAACCAUUUAAAUGCAUAGAGUGUGGAAAGACCUUUGCUCUGAGCAGUACACUUGCUGUCCAUAAAAAGAUCCACACAGGAGAGAAGCCGUAUAAAUGCAUGGAGUGUGGAAAGACGUUUACUCAGAGCAGUGGACUUAGAAGGCACAAAAAGAUCCACGCAGGAGAGAAACCAUAUAAAUGUAUGGAGUGUGGAAAGACCUUUGCUCAGAGCAGUAACCUUAGAAGCCACAAAACUCUCCACACAGGAGAGAAACCAUUCAAAUGCAUGGAGUGUGGAAAGACCUUUGCCCAGGACAGUUAUCUUAAAAGGCACAAAAAGCUCCAUGCAGGAGAGAAGCCGUAUAAAUGCAUGGAGUGUGGAAAGACGUUUACUCAGAGCAGUGGACUUAGAAGGCACAAAAAGAUCCAUUCAGGAGAGAAACCAUAUAAAUGCAUGGAGUGUGGAAAGACCUUUGCUAAUAACAGUGACCUAAGAAUACACAAAAGGAUCCACACAGGAGAGAAGCCGUAUAAAUGCAAGGAGUGUGGAAAAACCUUUGCUCAAAAACGGAGUCUUAUUUCC